GGCGGCCAGAGCGGGGCCGGGGAUGCGCGGAGUUAGGAGCGCAGACAAAAGAAGUUAAAGAGCUGCUUAAUAUAUACAUGUUUUUGAAGGCGGGUAGGGGGAAAAAAAUAACAACAGCGAGCGUAGAUGGGCUUGGCUGUGUCGUUAUGGAGCCCCCUUUGAGCAAGAGGAACCCGACACUGAGAUUAGCGGAUUUGGCAGCGGCUCAGCCCCAUCCUCACCAGAACAUGACAGGCUUCCCGGGGCUGGGGAACCACCACGUCCACCCCCACCAUGCGGCCCACCUCCAUCCCGGGGACGCGGGCGGCGACCCCGGCGGCGCCCUCACGCCGCUCGGACCCGAGCACAUGGCGCAGCCCGCCGCCCUCAAGCUCACGCCCGAGGCUCUCACCGCCGCCGCCGCCGCCUUCGCGCGCCCGCUGCCGCCACUACCACCACCGCCGCCACCGCCGCUGCCACCACCGCCGCCGCCUGCUCCGCCCGCCGCUGCCCUCCCGGGCUACCCGUCCGGGGGGGCGGCCGGCCGGGACUUCCUCCUGCGGCGGGAGCUGCCUGCUGCCGCCGCCGUUCACGGGGCGCUGGGCGAGCAGCACCCUCCCGCCGGCUCCCCCCACCUCCCCCACCCGCCGCCCCACGGCGUCUUCAUCUCAGCCGCCGGCACCUACAGCGCGGCCGACGGGGCCCACGCUGCUUUUCCGCCGCCGCCCGGCGAGCAGGGCGCGCCUGCGGGUCGCCACCCGCCGCUCAACGGGCAGAUGCGGCUGGGGCUGGCGGCAGCCGCCGGGGAGCUCUACGGGAGACCCGAGGCGCACUACGGGGCCGCCGCUGCCUCCUCCUCGGCGCUGCAGGGUUACAGCUCCGUCAACCUCAACCUGGCGGCGGCGGCGGGCGGCCACGGACACCCGCACCACCACCAUCCCCAUCACCACCACCAUCACCACCACCAUGCCCACGUCGGGGCGGCGGCGGCCGGGGCCUUCCUGCGGUACAUGCGUCAGCCCAUCAAACAAGAGCUGAUCUGCAAGUGGAUCGACCGGGAGACGCCUCCUCCUCCGCCUCCGCCACCUCCACCGGCCGGUAGGAAGCCCUGCUCCAAAACUUUCAGCACGAUGCAGGAGCUGGUGAGCCAUGUCACCGUGGAGCACGUCGGCGGGCCCGAGCAGAGCAGCCACGUGUGCUACUGGGAGGAGUGUCCCCGCGAAGGCAAGCCCUUCAAAGCGAAAUACAAACUCAUCAACCACAUCCGAGUGCACACGGGAGAGAAGCCCUUCCCCUGCCCCUUCCCCGGCUGCGGGAAGGUCUUUGCCCGCUCUGAAAACCUCAAGAUCCACAAGCGGACUCAUACAGGAGAGAAGCCCUUCAAGUGCGAGUUCGACGGCUGCGAGAGGAAGUUCGCCAACAGCAGCGACCGCAAGAAGCACUCCCACGUCCACACCUCGGACAAGCCCUACUACUGCAAGAUCCGCGGCUGCGACAAGUCCUACACCCAUCCCAGCUCCCUGCGGAAGCACAUGAAAAUCCACUGCAAGUCUCCGCCGCCCUCCCCGCCGCCGGGCUCCCAGGGCUACGCGGCGACGGGGCCCCCCGAUGGCCCGCUGCCCCCCGAGACCGACCCGGCCGCCGAGCCCCCGCCCCGCGGCCGCGCCGCCGCCCUCUCCCCGCCGGUCACCAACCUAAGCGAGUGGUACGUCUGUCAGGCUGGGGGGGCUCCCCGCCGGCCCCGCACCCCCUCCAGCCGCGAUACCUCCCCAGCCUCCGAGGAGGACGAACCCCACAGGACCUCGGGGGGCAGAACCGCUCCCUAG